AUGUCUGAUGCCCUCUCCUGCGACCCGGAAAAAUUCAGCUCUCGAGACUCAAAGACCUCACCUACCACGAGACUGGUGGGUGAGACAUAUAGGCAACAGAUGGGCGACUUUGUUCCGGGGCGUUUCGCCUACACAGUAGGCUUCUUCAGUACAGAAGGUGCAGGAGAGUCUGGCAAGACCACCAUCAUUAAACAGAUGAAGAUUCUUCACAUCAGUGGCUUCUCUCCAGAAGAGAAGCGGGAGAAGGCGCAGGACAUCCGCAACAACAUCAUGGAAGGCAUCACCACUCUAACAAGGAAUCUGGACGAGUUAAACAUAGAACUGGAGCAAGAGGAGAACCAAGAGGCCAAGGAUUAUAUCCUCAGUAUUGACCCUGAGAACUUCAACUUCCCCGAGGUUGGUGACAGUGCGGAAGGAGUCCAUUAUGUCAUACAUAACAACAAGCAACUCGAGUCGAAGUAUACACACGACAGAUCCCUCAGCAGUUACAAUCCUCUCCACAGAUCCAUCAACAAAGUUACAAUCCUCUCCACAGUGACUGCUCCAAAAUCAGAGCCAAGUAAAUUUAUGUACAAGCAAGUGUUGACACCAAGUCUACACAGACACUUGUUGCUGUGUAUCAUAGAUCUAAUUAUGCUUAUCAAGAUGACUACUUAUAAUGACAUACUUCACAGCCGCAGACGCACCACAGACAUCCAGAAGAUAGAGUUUGAGGUUAAGGUGCCCAAGAAAUAUGGAGGUGGAUCGCUCAACUUCUGGAUGUAUGACGUGGGAGGCCAGAGAGGAGAACGAAAGAAAUGGAUACAGGUGUUUGACGGGAUCCAGGCAGUGUUGUUCUUAGUGUCAACCAGCUGCUUCGACCUCGUCAUCAGGGAGGACGAGGAGACCAACCGCCUUCAGGAGUCUAUCAACAUCUUCAGGAGCAUGUGGAACUCUAGGUUCCUUAAGUACUCUGGCUUCAUCGUCUUCCUGAACAAGCAAGACAUUCUGAAGGAGAAGGUGACCCACGGCCGCACUCGCAUCGCGGAGUACUUCCCAGAGUACAACAACUAUAAGUUGUUAAGCAAAGACCGAGACAGCCAGGAGAACGAAGAAUAUCUCAGGGCUCGCUGCUUCAUCAGAGACAAGUUCAUUGACAUCUCAAAGCAAGUGGUGAAGAGAGAGGGCCGUCGUGGCCCGGGGAUCCACCCUCAGGAUGACUGGCCGGCCAGGGAAUGUUACUGCCACUUCACACGGACGACAAAAAAAACUUAG